AUGUCGAACUCGCAGGAUAACGAAGAACAUCGAGUGUUUCUCGAGAGGAUACAGGGAUUCGUCAACGGACCUGACCAGUACCCUUCCAACCCUGCUGGGAUCCCUGCCCCGCAGUUCAACCCCUUCGAAGACACCACCAAUGAUGGCGACCCUCCAAUCAAUUUUACAAGCUUUGAUGAGGUGCUUCAGCAGGCCCAGCAACCUCAGCAACCCCAGCAGGCUCAGCAGCAUGUGCCUCCGCAGUUCCUAUACACGCAGGUGAGCCCUUUAGAGGUUUUUACUGGAAUGCACAAAACGCUGAUCGACGUGAAGCAGGGCUUGAAUUCGACGACCCACACUCGCGCUAUCUUGAACCCUUCUGCGGACCCUUUCCUUCCUGCACGUAGCCAAGAUGGAUCGGGCUCCAUGCGUAUUGGCGAGACCUAUGCCAACGGCUUCGCAGGCCCACCCUCUGUCCGCCGAGUGGCCGGUACUCUGGACGACGUCUACUCUACCAACGCUACCUGGAACGCUGGUCAAGACUACUUUAGCAGCAGUCAGCGCACAUCAGUCAACCCAUCUGGUAACGAGAACUACGGUGGCGGCUUCUUGCUCCGAGGCCCAGCUUCUGCCCGCCGACCAGCUCGUAUCACGAACGGGUUCGACUCCACCAACGCCAACUCGAAUUCUCGUUAUUCCUACCCUGGCGGUAAUCCUGGACUUGAUGGAGGUCAAGGUACCCAGAUGCACGCUGCAAUCCACAACCUUAGUGACCACAGAAACACUAUGGGGUACAACGACGGUAACAGCUACAACGACUACUCCACUCCCGCCGGUCGCAGCUUCGGUUCGUAUCGUGCCUCUGGUCGUAGAGAACCAGGAGGCUUUGGUGAACAGGAACGCACUAUGGCUUCACCUGCGCCUCGUACCCCUUCCGGCAUGCCCAAGACAUCUCAAAAUAUUGCAUCCAAGAAGCGCAGAAGCAGUCUCAAGACCAAGGUACCUCGCAUUGGAGAGCCUGAACAAGAGAAAGAAGGAGAGGAGGACAAGCAAGGUUCCCCAGAGAUAAAGCCAGACAAAUCAGGCUCAGGAGAAAGCAGACCGCAAACAUGCGCGUCAAAGGGCACGCGGCAUGAGGACCCAAGCACACAACAGGCUCGAGCAAGGACUAAUGACGUCCGUGAUCACAUCCAGACAUACAUUGAGAGGAACCCAGAGGCUGAGGAAGAUCUUGGUGGCUUAGAGGAGGUCAUGGAUCAGCUCCGCCUGAGCAACAUUGCUCAGCACGAAGCUGCUGAUUCCAGGUUGAAGGAGGUGGACGACGAGCUCGAGGAGAUGUAUCAAAACCGCCACAAGAGAUGA